UCAUAUGUCAUGUACAUAACCAAAGAGCAAAACAUUCGCAAGUCGUUUUCCGAUUGAAUCCAAUUUUGUUGUGAUUUUCUUUGAUGAAAAGAAUCGAUUCAUUCAAAAAGUGAGAGAGAUUUUUUUCUGUUGGACAAUGUCAACCCGAUGGUAUCCAAUCUAUAAGCGUGGCAAUCCACAGUUGCGUGUAUUUAUGACAGAUUUCUGGAUGAAAAUGGUGCGAAAUGAUCAGAAACCAACACCGCCAUCAAAUGUGGUCACUUUUCACUGUUCGCUGGAGAUGACCAAACACGAUAUUAAGAAUUAUUUAACCAAAAUCUACAACAUUCCCGUGGUGGAUGUGCGAACCGAAGUGCGACUUGGUGAAUUCUACAAAGAUAUCUACAAGAAAUACGUGAAGAAGAAGGACGACUACCGGGUGGCCAUUGUGACUAUGCCAAGCAAUGUGUCAUUUGAGUUCCCGGUGAUUUUCGACAAAGAUAAACAAGCAGAAGAAUUGAGCAAAGCAAAGAAACAACUCCGAGAUCAGGCCGAUGAACACAAAAAGUUCCUUAAACGUAAUGAAGACAGCCGAGGCUCACCGCCAUGGUUUUCAAUUUAAAAUAAUUUAGUAGGCCGUUUCUUUUGAAAUGUUAAAGUUUUUUUUUCUGGUCAAUGUAAAAUAAAACACAGCAGCAAUUUUAGUGAAGAAUAAACAAUUUCAUAUUUAAAUCUUA